CAAAAUCCAGCCCAACCUCGCGCGUUCUCCCAAACCUAAACAACGAAAUAAAAGGGGAAAAAAAAGGGGUUUCGUUUCAUCAUUUCGUGUUUCGAGUUUCUCUCUAUCAUUCUUCUUCUCCAAUCCUCAUUUUUUGUUGCAAUCUGCGACCCUUCAUUUUCGUCACCCUCAGAUUCUUCAAUCCCUCACUCUCAAUUUGCAUCCCCCAAUUUUGGGAUUUUAGGGUUCGAGACGAUGAACUCAGGCGACCUCAACAAGGUUUGGGAAAUCAAUGCUCUGAAGAGGAAACCAAGGCCAGAAGAAGCCACAAAAAUGCUGGAGAAGAUCGCCAAACAGGUCCAGCCCAUCAUGCGCAAACACAAUUGGAGGGUCAAGCUUCUCUCUGAAUUCUGCCCGAGCAAUCCGGCUCUUCUUGGGGUGAAUGUAAAUGCUGGUGUAAAUGUGAAGUUACGGCUACGGAGACCAAACAGGGAUUCAGAAUUCUACCCAUUUGAUGAAGUUCUGGAUACAAUGCUUCAUGAGCUUUGCCAUAAUGCCCACAGCUCUCAUAAUGCUGCCUUCUACAAGCUCUGGGAUCAACUUAGAAAGGAAUGUGAAGAGUUGAUGGCUAAGGGAAUAACUGGCUCUGGAGACGGGUUUGACGUUCCAGGGAAGCGUUUAGGUGGUAAUUCCCGGCAACCUCCACUUUCAUCUCUACGUAAAACUGCACUGGCAGCCGCAGAAAAGCGGUCACGAUUGGGAUCUCUUCUUCCAUCUGGACCGAAUCGUCUUGGCGGUGAUAGCGCUAUAAUGGGGGCACUUAGUCCAGCGCAGGCUGCUGCAAUGGCUGCAGAAAGGAGAUUACAGGAUGACCUAUGGUGUGGUUCUCAAUCUUGUGAACAUUCAGAUCAUGAAAAUGUUAACAAUGAAUCUGCUGAGAACAUUGUACAGAAGCGGAAAAUUGUUGGAAGCUCAAGAUUAACAGACAAUUCUACUCUACCUUCAGAUCAAGUAUCUAGAAAAAGAAGUUGUUCUAAGGACUCAAGUUUACCCGUUCAUUCAUCUGGUGCCCCGAUAUUUGUAAAUUUAACUGCGGAUGCACAAAAAAUCGGAUCUAUCACUGAAUAUCAAAUUGGAUCUCAACAACGAAGUUUUGGAUUAGAAAGGAUUUCAAAUUCUCAAUCUGAAUCUCAGGCUGGAUCUAGUUCUGCAAAUUUAUCAAGCCUGCCUAGGCUACUUUCUGGGGAUAAUAAAACAUUUCAUUCCGAAGAAUCUGCAAUGUGGGAGUGUCCGAUGUGCACUCUGUUGAAUCAAACAUUUGCUCCUAUAUGUGAGUUGUGUGGCACGCAACAACCAAAAGAUGUUACCACCAAGUACAGCACUUGGUCUUGCAAAUUCUGUACCUUGGAUAACAGUGUGAAGAUGGAGAAAUGCUCAGCCUGUGACCAGUGGAGAUAUUCUCAUGGCCCGCCAAUGUCAGUCAACCUGGGUUCCUAACCUUGGCAAUUGACAGAACUGUGUAAUUUGCAUAUUGGACAAAUCUAAUUCACUUUUGGCUUUAGUCUUCACUAAUCUGUGCAUAACCUUCCAUUUAUUCUUGGUUCUAUCUUCUAUAUCAUGAUCACAUAUAUUUUUAAAAUUUAACUUUGACAUUUGAUCUUUAGUUUUUCUUUGUUAUACAA